AUGGCGCAAGGUUGCCAUUGGGCGGACAUCUGCUGGCAAGUAGUCAACUUGCAAGGUGAGGCUCCGAGCCUGUCGUUGGUACAGCGUGUGCACAAGGCCUUCAACCACCGGGCCGGGCGCCGGCAGUACCAGUACGACAAGUGUGGGCGGAAGCCCUUCAAGGUCUCUGUGGCAGUUGAGAAGUUCCUCAUCAAGCGGCUUCUGGCCUUGCGGCUCGUGUCUGUCUGCACGGCUGCCACGCUGCGCCGAGAGUCCACGGUGCGACAGGUACUUCGCAAGCACGGGUACCACUGGCUCCCGCGCACGCAGAAGGGCAAGUACAGUGGCAAGCAGAAGCUGGAGCGCCUCCGCUUCGCAAAGGCCGUUUUGCGGCUGACGCAGGCACAGCUUCGCGAGAAACUCUCCUUCGCCAUGGAUGGGGUCAUUCUCUCGGUCCCGCCAAAGAAUGCGACAGAUCGGGAGAACUACAUCGCCCAAGGCGAGACACAUCUGUGGCGACGACGUGGCGAGGCUUACACGGAGGCUUUGGCUGGGCAGCAGCCGUACGCGCAGCAAGUUCCCAUGGACCGUGUCCUUCCACUCUGGGGCGGCCUCUCCGAAGGCGGUUUUGCCGUCGUGACGUUCCAUGCUUCUCGAAAGCUCGCCACGACUGCGUGGUGUGGACUUGUCCGGGCCGGCCGCCUGAGGCGUGCCAUCCAAGCGUUAGACCUUGUCACGAAGCACGGACCCUGGAAGGUGCUCUGCGACAACGAGAACGCGAUGGCGGCCGAAGGACUUUCAGCGUGGCGUGUGCCUCCCUCCUCGCCCGACCUGAACCCAGUGGAGAAGAUGUGGGCGUGGUUACGGAGACGCAUCAGACAGAAGGACCGUGAGGAUCUGCGUAAGCGACGGCCGCCUCCAGGCAAGGCAGCUUUCAAGCUGCGCAUUCGCAACAUGCUGGCGUCGAAGACAGCCCAGGAUGUGGCAGCACGCAUCGCCGGCAGUUUUCGCAAAACCUGCCGGGACGUCGUGGCCCGCAAAGGCGGCAUGGCUAAAGCCUGA